AUGUCGCGGAGCACCCGCAGCAGCUGGGGGUUCAGCCUGCGAGGAAUCUUGAAUCUCGUCCUCAAUGCCACAGGAGUGGCAGCAAUUCUUUGGUGGAGCGUCGCCAGCUUUCGGCUGCACAAUCUCCAUGGGCCCAGCAGUUCCAGCGAGGACGAUGCUGUGGCCCUGGAAGCUCCACGAGUCGGCAAAGGCGGCAAAGGGCACCGUCCGCCGAAGACAGCUUACGAGCCGCAACCGGCAAGCGAAAACGUCGCCGAUGGCAGCAAAGAACCGCCAAAAGUUGACGUCCACCGUUCAGCAGCCACCCCAGCCGCGCCCCUGGGAGCCCAAGGAGAUGUGCAAGCUGCGCAGACGGCUUCUUCAGAACCCUUUUGGGUGUAUUGUGCUGCUCAGUGGUCGGACUGCUGGUGCCCAGGCGACAUUCGCUGGGGGAACGAGGAAACUUGGCACCUCGUCGCCGCCAAACCUGGCAGUGACAUCAACACAGUCACGUGCAGUAUCCAGCACCUGCCUGACAACGUCCCGGGAGAUGAUGGCAAGCAUUGCCAAUGCCUGGUUACUCCAGGAACGGAUUUCCAUCGCGCGAUGAACCCGAUGCUAAUGGAUGAGGCGGAUGCAGAUUCCAUCGGAGCAUCAACUGUGGCAUCUUGCCAGCUCUUCUUCGCGGCACGAAAGAUCGGGCCGGCCGACAAAGCCCAGUGGCUCGCCACGGAGGGCCUUUGCUCGGAGGCUUGGGAGGAGAAGGCCCACUUGAAUCGCUCCUACAAGGCCGGAUCGCGGCAGAUAAACGUGGACAUGCGGCAGCAACUGAUGCGUGCGCGCAUCGACGUUCGCUUCAAAAGCAAUUGGGCUCGUUUGCGAGAUUCGGAUGGCUGGUUCAGGAAGGCAUGGGUGAGCUAUGUCGGUGGACCUCCAACCUCGCAGUUCGUCAAAAUGGCAGAGGAACUCAUCAAAUCAGUCCACUAUUUCUCGGAGAACCCGAUCCUCAUGUUCAACUUCGGCCUGUUCACACCGAAAAGCUGGACCGCAGAGCGCUUCCCACAGCUGGUCGUGCUUCACGCAGCUCCUUUGCCAAACGAGCCGCGUAUCAGAAGGAGCUUUAACUUCAACAAGCUGCGAGCCAUCUUGAUGUCGCGUGCCUUGAACGGAGUGGAAGUCGACGUGGACCAGUUCGUCGCACCAGGAGCCGACCGCUUGUUCAGCUUGACAAGCAAAUGGGUGAACAAGGAAUAUUCGUUCCCACUGAUGCCCGCCCACUUCCUGGAUUGGAGUAUCAAGGAUCAGCCGGCGGCGCCCUGGUGGCCGCGGUACUGUCCAGAUCCAGACAAGCCUUGCCCGAUGCAGACAAUGCGAUGGUGUCAUGCACAUCCGACUUGGACGCAUUGGGCUUUGCCCUUCUUCGGCAGAUGGGUCCGCCGCCACUUCCGUGACGAGCGAUUGCCAAAUGUGACGGUGAAGCACUUCAAUGCAGCAGGGCUCAGAGUUGGGGACAUUAACGAGGAUGAAGACCUGCUCAAUGUCGGGCUUUGGGAGGAACGAGCAACGAAACAGUGGUGCAAGAUCGACGUGCCGGCGACCGUUGAGUUCGACUCCCUGCUGUCGUGGGUGCAGCACCAUGGCAAUCGGUGCAUGGAGGGGAUUGGAUGUACCAACAUCGGGGGUGACAAGCGCUGGUACAAAAAGGGUGUGCCCAAAGUGUACUGGACAGCGCAUCAUGCCGUCGAUCCAGAGCAGACCGCAACGUAUUUGGAGCGCAUCCGCAAGCGCCACCAGGAGGGGCUGUGGCCCGCGGCCAUUAUGGACGGCAGCCUUAAUGCGCGCAGUGGAUCGCGUAAACUCUUGAUUGCGCUGCCAACGGGCGGUUUAAGUGUUGCAGAGUUCCUACAGUCGUUUCAGCAGCGGCAUGUGGAAAGCGAAUGCUCCCAGCUGCUUUGUCACGUGAGCGGGUUUGCUUUGCAUCCAAGCGAACUCUUACCCCAAGUCCUGCGGAACGAAGAUGUUCUUUGUGUAAAACCUGACAGCACGAGCCUGGCGAAGAGGCGGCGUAUAGAUGCUGGCAUGUCAGUAGCGGUGCCCUUCUUCCCUGGACAUGGCAGCGGGCUUUUUGCUGCACUCGGUGUUUGUGGCGCUGUUUUCGUGUCUUGCCAGAGUCUGGAGCUUCCGGUACCGAACUAUGCUGCCUGGCGUGAGUUGUGGCAGGAAGCGACUUCGGAUUUCCGUGCUUUCAAGACCAGGCCGGCGGCGCGCAACCACCUUCGCUUUUCGCAGGGCGAGGAUUUGCUCCGUACUUUGUCGGGAGAGGCGAAAGCCCAUACUCCGGACGUUCGGUAUAACUUUGGGGUCGGCCAAACAGCCCUCCGGAGCAAGUCCUGGAAGGAGUCGUGGAAGGACUUGGACUGGAUCCCUGAAAGCUUCAAGUCUUCAUUUCUGACGCUUUCACAGCUUGUGGCCACCGAGUUACCACAACUCACACAUCAAGACUGGGAGCCAAGAGGCACUUUGGGAGCCAACAUUUUGGCUGGCACAGAGACGUGGGCAGGCAGUCGGCUUCGCCACAGCCUUUACCCCGGCAAUGGUUCGUGCACAGAACACACCGACUAUGGUGUCUUGACUCUCCAGAAUAGCACUGGCCCGGGCCUGGAAGCAUUAGUUGGUGAUGUGUGGCAGCCGCUUGAGCCGCCUCCAGGCUUUGCAGUCCUCUUUGCCGGUGACAUGCUCGAGAUCCUGACAAACGGAUGUGUUAAGGCUUUGCACCACCGUGUGUCGGCACGCGCAGGUGCGGAUAUGCAAUGUGCGCGGCAGUCCAACAUCAUCUUUCUCCAGCCCGACAACAACACACUAGUCCAGCCCCUCGCGCCUUACGUUCUCGGGAAUGGACAAGAUCUAGCUGCCGUGCGAUACGGCGACUGGCACAGGAAGAAGACCAGCCUGGCAUUCCGUCAGCCGUGA